CUCAUUCUCGGCAACAAAAACAUCGAAGCAUGUCUGAUGAACACCCCUCCAACUAUGGUCCUCCUCCUGCAGGGUGUUACGUCAGCCCAUUCUCGGCUCUGUUUCCGUCGACGUUUCCACCGGAGACGGAUCCUAACAUCGUGGCUUGCUUUCAAUUGGCUGAUCAAGACGGCAGUGGAUUUAUUGAUGAUAAGGAGUUGCACACAGCUCUUACUUCCUGCAACGAAAGCUUCAGUUUGAGAACUGUCCAUUUGCUCAUGUAUCUCUUCACUAACAGUGACACAAGAAAGAUCGGUCCUAUGGAGUUCACUUCAUUGUUCUAUAGUCUUCAGAGUUUGAGGGCAAUUUUUGAGAAAUUGGAUAGGGACAUGAGUGGUAAAAUCGACGCCAAUGGAAUGAGUGAAGCACUGUUGAGUCAAGGAAUUGCACUUCCUCCCACUGUCUUGGAAUUGCUAGUAACCAAGUUCGACACAACUCAGGGUCCAAUAAGGACCAUCGACUAUGAAAACUUCAUCCUGUGCAGUCUUAUAGUUAAAGGCUUAACUGAGAAAUUCAAGAAGUACGACAGCAUGCACACUGGUACUGCAACCUUUACAUACGGAGAAUUCAUGUUCACCGUUCUGCCCUUCUUAAUGGCUUAG